CCAUCUCCCACGGAGCGUGCCAGACCAGAAACAACUCCGCUGCAGAGAGAGUAAAGAUGCAAAGAUGAAGGUGUUGUACGUGGCUGCUUUUCUCAUCGGGCUCCUCUCCCUGGAGAGCACCAGAGCAGCUCCAUUGAAAAAGCAGUUGUGGUCGGUGGGCUCCGGUAGCGUAAAGACCGAUGAGGUGGGAGAUGGCAGCUUUAACGACAUCAGCAAAAACAACCAAUUCUGGUCAGUGGACUCCGGUAUCCUGAAGACCAGUGAAGUGGGUGACAGCAGCUUUGAUGACAACAGCAAAAACAACCAAUUCUUCUGGUUACAUGGCAACAGCAACGUGGCCAACGGCAACAUAGGCAACAACAACGGUAACAAUAACUACAAUGGAUAAAACAAUAAUUUCUAGUCAGCGAUCCUGGAAUGAUUAAUUAACAGGAGACACGCUGAUGAAACCAGAUCUGCUGAACCGGCGACGAUGCCAUUACGUUUCCCAUGCUGCUGCCUCUCACCUCUCCUGACCAAUCAAAUGCCACAUGAGAAUCAUCAAUUGGACUGACUGGGACUCUAACUGAUCACUGUGCUGUUCAUUGAUUGUGGUGUCUCUCGAUAUAACAGGGGGCAAAGAGCUCUGUCUCUCUGCUGCCCUGGGGAAUGCCAAGAGCUUUGCAAAAAUAAAAAUAAAUGCAACUGUAC